AUGGCCCGUACAAAGCAGACAGCGCGUAAGUCCACCGGCGGCAAGGCCCCGCGCAAGCAACUGGCCACCAAGGCGGCCCGCAAGAGCGCACCGGCCACCGGCGGCGUGAAGAAGCCGCACCGCUACCGACCCGGGACCGUGGCGCUGCGCGAGAUUCGCCGCUACCAGAAGUCUACCGAGCUGCUGAUCCGCAAGCUGCCGUUCCAGCGCCUGGUACGCGAGAUUGCCCAAGAUUUCAAGACCGACCUGCGCUUCCAGAGUUCGGCGGUGAUGGCACUGCAGGAGGCGUGCGAGGCCUAUCUGGUGGGGCUGUUCGAGGACACUAACCUGUGUGCCAUUCACGCCAAGCGUGUCACUAUCAUGCCUAAAGACAUUCAGUUGGCGCGCCGCAUCCGUGGGGAGCGGGCAUAA